UUCAAGAAGAAGAAAAAAUAAAAGAAGAGGAGGAGGAGGAGGAGGAAGAAGAAGAAGAUCGGUGCCCCCUCCUCCAACCUCACCCCCCUACCCGAGUCCAGCUCUCCGGGCGAUGACCAAGUAAAUGCCAGGGCAAUGUCCCGUCGCAAGCAGGGGAACCCGCAGCACUUGUCGCAAAGGGAAAUUAUCACGCCAGAGGCUGACCAUGUGGAAGCGGCCAUCAGCCACGAGGAAGAGAGCCUAGCGCUCGGGGAUCCAGUCGGCCUCGGCAUUGCGGCGGGCGGAGCAGACCCCGACUUAUUAACCUGUGGACAGUGUCAGAUGAACUUCCCCCUGGGAGACAUCUUGGUUUUUAUAGAGCACAAGAAGAAGCAGUGCAACGGCACGGGUGGCAUCUGCUAUGAAAAGAACCUGGAUAAGAGCAGUCCUCCCCCUUCGUCGCGCGCCGAGCUCAGGAAAGUGUCAGAGCCAGUGGAAAUCGGGAUCCAAGUCACACCCGAUGAAGAAGACCGUCUUCUCACACCUACGAAAGGAAUUUGCCCCAAGCAGGAGAACCUUGCAGGGCCGUCCAGGCCUGCAAAGCUGCCGGCGGCCUCCAUAACUGCCUCCUCCCACCCUCACACAUCAGUGAUCGCACCGCCACCUCUCCGUGCUCUGACCUCAAUCCCGCCUUGCCUUAGCCUGCCCUGCUGUGGUGCGCGCGCAGUCUCAGUUGGCGGGUCUCAGACUGAGACUUCAGGCACAUAUGGAUGUCAUUGUCAGUUGUCAGGUAAAGAUGAGCCUUCAAGCUAUAUUUGCACAACAUGCAAGCAGCCUUUUAAUAGCGCUUGGUUUUUGCUUCAGCAUGCCCAGAACACACAUGGAUUCCGCAUCUACUUGGAAACAAGUCCUUCAAAUAGCUCCCUUACUCCACGCAUCACCAUCCCUCCUCCUCUGGGACCUGAGACUGUUGCACAGUCCCCGUUGAUGAAUUUCCUUGGUGACAACAACCCUUUUAGUCUCUUGCGAAUGACAGGUCCCAUCCUGCGUGAUCACCCUGGCUUUGGUGAAGGUCGGCUCCCCAACACACCUCCCCUCUUCAGCCCUCCUCCUCGUCAUCAUCUGGAUCCACAUCGCCUUAGUGCCGAAGAAAUGGGGUUAGUUGCCCAGCAUCCCAGUGCCUUUGACAGAGUCAUGCGUUUAAACCCCAUGGCAAUCGAGUCGCCAGCGAUGGAUUUCUCUAGAAGGCUUCGAGAACUGGCGGGGAACAACUCCACCCCUCCGCCAGUCUCUCCCAAUCGCAACAACCCUAUGCAUCGCUUGUUGAAUCCUUUCCAGCCAAGCCCUAAAUCACCUUUUUUGAGCACUCCACCAUUGCCACCGAUGCCCCCAAGCAGCACUACGCCUCCCCAGCCUCAGGCUAAAAGUAAGUCCUGUGAAUUCUGUGGGAAAACGUUCAAGUUCCAGAGCAAUCUCAUUGUUCACCGACGCAGUCACACAGGAGAGAAGCCCUAUAAAUGCCAGCUCUGUGACCAUGCUUGUUCCCAAGCCAGCAAGUUAAAACGCCAUAUGAAAACACAUAUGCACAAAGCUGGGUCCAUGACAGGGAGGUCAGAUGAUGGACUUUCUGCUACAAGCUCCCCUGAGCCUGGCACAAGUGAGCUCACUGGAGAAGGACUAAAGUCUAGUGAGGCAGAUUUCAGGAAUGAGAGUGAUCCUUCCCUAGGGCAUGACAAUGAAGAAGAGGAGGAGGAGGAGGAGGAGGAAGAGGAGCUAGAAAACGAAAGUAGGCCUGAGUCAAGCUUCAGCAUGGACUCGGAACUAAGUCGUAACCGAGAAAACGGCUCCAAAUCGCUGCCAGAUGAAAAAUCCCUUGUCCUAGGAAAAGUGAUAGAGAAUGUAAGCUUGGGUACCAUCCAGCAAUACAACGACAUGCUGGCCGAAAAGCAGAAAAGAAGUAGCUUCAUGAAAAGGUCUUCUGAUCAACGAGACCUCUGUCAGAGAGACCUCUGUCAGAGAGACACUGGUGAUGAAGACUCAGUAGUAGGAGAACUUGAUCGCACUGAGGAAGGGACAGUCAAUGGGAGAAACUUUGGUCCUGGCGAACCCUUUCCAGGCCUGUUCCCUCGUAAGCCAACCCCUAUCACAAGCCCCAGUUUAAACAACUCAUCAAAAAGAAUAAAGAUAGAAAAAGAUUUGGACUUACCACCAGCAACAAUAAUACCUUCUGAAAAUGUUUACUCACAGUGGCUGGUAGGAUAUGCAGCAUCAAGGCACUUCAUGAAGGAUCCGUUUCUAGGAUUCACAGACUCCCGACAAUCCCCCUUUGCUACUUCUUCUGAGCACUCCUCAGAAAAUGGAAGCCUGCGUUUCUCUACUCCACCAGGUGAUAUGCUGGAUGGCGGUCUCUCAGGGCGCAGUGGGACAGCGAGCGGUGGCAGUACGCCCCAUAUCAGCGGACCUGGCCCCGGUCGACCCAGUUCAAAGGAAGGGCGGCGGAGCGAUACGUGCGAAUACUGUGGCAAGGUGUUUAAGAAUUGCAGCAACUUAACGGUGCAUCGCCGGAGCCACACGGGAGAGCGGCCUUACAAAUGUGAGCUCUGCAACUAUGCAUGUGCCCAGAGCAGUAAGCUGACACGUCAUAUGAAAACACAUGGCCAGAUAGGGAAGGAGGUCUACCGCUGCGACAUUUGCCAGAUGCCCUUCAGUGUUUACAGCACCCUGGAGAAACACAUGAAAAAGUGGCAUGGCGAACAUUUGCUGACAAAUGAUGUCAAAAUUGAGCAGGCAGAAAGAAGCUAAGGCCCCCCAACCGGGUUAAAAUCAGGGGUCUAGGUAACAUUUAAGUUGUACAGUUUAACUAUUGCCAACCGAGAAAA